AUGCGAAUCCACCAUUUCUGUGUAUGGUGCUGCAUUCUACUAUGUCAGGCUCAACAAAGGGAAUCGCCACUCGACUUUCUCACCCCAAAUCGUGAUGAAAUAAUCAACUUUUUCUUCCCGCACUUUACACCCUACUGCGAUAUGAUGGAUUUAGUUCUACGAGCUAGCAAAUACGGUUUUCCCUCUUAUCUGCGUCGCACUCAGGUUCUGCCAGACAGCCUUGUCUUUAACAUUCCUGCUGACAUGUUGCUUGCACCCAUCGGACGGAUUGAAUUUCACAUUCCCACCUACGUAAAGCACCUCCUCCACCUUGCCAAGGUGAAAUCCGAACGCAUUUCCACACAGGAGAGUGUGAUUGAGUCAACCAAGCAUGUAUGGCUCAAUGCCAUUCGUCCCGCCAAUUUUCAGCACUACAUUCAACCACAGGCUCUUCGUCUCCUCAUCUACGAUGAAAAAGCAAUGAUGAACGAUAGAAAGGCGGCAAGAGUGGGAGCAAUCAAUGUACCUCUGGUGAAUACCUACAUUUAUCCCUCCAAUUCAACUCAAAAUAUCCCACUCUCUAUCCUAGCAAUGAGUGGAUGGCGACUCCUUUUUUGGACGGCGAUUUCACAAAUGCCCAACUUCUACCAUACCCUGUAUAGGCAUAAAAGUGAACCUCACACAACCUCAAUUCAAGCUCCAUCCAGACUAGAUGAGUUAAGUAGUACAUUUCUCUUUCAUCUUUGUGCUGAAAUGCGUCGGGACAGCUCACUCCUGGAAACAGAUGUCCCCGAUGGUUUUUGUCCAAAUCCAUGUGCAACUUCGCCCUGUCUAACUUUGCCGCAUACUACCGGACAACAGUGUCAUCUGACUGGUCGAGGUCUAUUCAUGAACGACUUCAGAUGUGAAUGUCUUCCAGGCUUCAAAUGGGUGGCUGCUAUAACUGGGAGUAAGGAAGAGACUGAGGAGGAUGAGGUAAAAACUCCUCUAUCUGAUGAAUUUGGGGCCUGUGUUGCAGUCGACAUCUGUGAGUCGUAUUGCAGCCCUCUUGGAACACGUAGAUGUGACAUAAUUCCUGGAACAAGUACUGCAAUUUGUCUCUGUAAGUUGACUUUUAUGGGACCAACAUGCAGUACACCGCGUGAUCCAUGUGUUGAGCUCUCGGAUAAGGAGAAGAUGCCGGGAAAUAUGGCCUGCAAUACGGGCCAGGGCGGAAUAUGCAUUCCAACUUUGGGCAGUGACUUCUAUGAAUGUCGAUGUGCCACAUCAUGGACAAAAGAUGCUGGCCUUGAGUUCGACAAUUGCCUUGCUCUCAAAGACAAAUGUGCUUCGGAAGUCUGCGUUCGAGGCGAUUGUAUAUCAUCAGCCGAUGGUUCUAAUAUGAUUUGUUUGUGUCCUGAGGAGGCCUAUGGUAAACGUUGUGAAAACCUUCGUGGAAGCUGGGGUCAGUGGAGUCCAUGGUCAGCCUGUUCUCCAGCCUGUGGACACGGGAAGAUCCGCUACCGAGAACGAGUGCGUGGAUGUCUUCAUGGCACUACAUGUCGAGGUGGCAGACGUCGUCAAGUAGAAGUUUGUCCAGAGAAUCUACCCUGUCCAGAUGAGCUGGUUAUGCUGGGCCUCGGUCCUGCAGCUCUGGCACCACAGGAUGUGCUUGAGGGAGGAGAAGCACAGCCAAACUUUGAUUUGCAACAGGCCUAUGCUCUAAAGCGUCGACAGUAUAGUCUGUUGACACAGGUCCUUAAAUUUGUAUUCCUUCUGCUUUGUGCAUUUGCCAUUGUCUCUGCAACCAUCAUGUUUGCCUACGCCGUAUUGUAUUGA